AUCCAAAAAAAAAAAAAAAAGGACGCUUUAUCAUCACAAACCGAGGAAGAUUUAUACAUUCAAAUGAAAGAAUUAGAAAAACAACUAGAAUUUCUCGACAUAUAAGAAGAAUUUAUAAAAGACGACUAAAAAAAGCUCAAACGUGAACUAAUUCGUUCAAAGGAAGAGCUUAAAAGAAUCCAAUCAGUCCCUUUAGUAAUCGGUCAUUUUAUAGAAAUGAUAGACGAAUUACAUGCUUUAGUAUCAUCUUCUGGAGGUUCAACUUAUUACGUGAGAGUAUUAUCGACAUUAGAUAGAGAAUAAUUAAAGCCUUCAACCAGUAUUGCGUUACAUCGUCAUUCACAUUCUAUUGUUGAUAUAUUACCCAGUGAAAGUGAUUCGUCAAUAUAAAUGAUGCAAGUUACUGAAAAACCGGAUGUUUCAUAUUAGGAUAUAGGAGGUUUGGAUUAAUAGAAAUAAGAAAUGAAAGAAGCAGUUGAAUUACCACUAACUUAUCCAGAACUUUACGAAUAAAUAGGAAUAGAUCCUCCAAGAGGUGUCCUUCUGUAUGGACCACCAGGUACUGGAAAGACUAUGAUGGCAAAGGCUGUAGCUCAUCAUACUACAGCGGCUUUUAUAAGAGUUGUGGGAUCGGAGUUUGUUUAGAAAUAUUUAGGAGAAGGACCAAGAAUGGUCAGAGAUGUUUUCAAAUUAGCAAGAGAAAAUUCACCAAGUAUUAUUUUUAUUGAUGAAGUAGAUGCUGUAGCAACAAAAAGAUUCGAUGCAUAAACUGGAGCUGAUAGAGAAGUCUAAAGAGUUUUAAUUGAAAUUUUAAAUUAAAUGGAUGGAUUCGAUUAAACAACUAAUGUAAAAGUUAUUAUGGCUACUAAUAGAUAAGAUACACUAGAUCCAGCUUUAUUAAGACCGGGAAGAUUGGAUAGAAAAAUAGAAUUCCCGUUACCAGAUAGAAGAUAAAAAAGACUAAUUUUCUAAACUGUAUCAGCAAAAAUGAAUAUGGCAGAAGAUGUAGAUUUAGAAUCAUAUGUUAGUAGACCUGAAAAAUUAUGUUGUGCUGAUAUUACCGCUAUUUGUCAAGAAGCCGGUAUGUAAGCUGUUAGAAAAAACAGAUAUGUUAUUACAUAAAAAGAUUUUGAUAAAGCCUAUAAAAUUGUUAUUAGGAAAUCAGAUAAAGAAUAUUAAUUUUAUAAAUGAUAUUUUUUUUAUUUUAGAUAUAAUUUACCAUAAAUUCAGAUAUUUAUGUUAUUACAUAUAUAUUUUAUAAACAUAUAAAAACAUAGAAUUCU